GCUAGCUUGUUAGCAGCGGUGUUUUCCUUUGUUACGGGACGGACUUCCGUUUUCAAUGUUUGCUCCAGGUUUCUGGAAUUUGCUGUCUAGUGACAGUUUCAGCUAGAAACCUCGUUGAAAAAGAGAUACAGCUGCUGUGUCGUUUUCUCCGGGAAGCAGCCGGGCUCAAAGUCCAACAUUUCAGCCCGACCUGAAAGUGAGACUGUCACUCUUUUUCUCUACGUCUCUUUAACUCAAGUUAGCUGGCUAGCAUCAGCCAGCUGAGUUAAACCGCUUAGCAUGUUCCGCUUCUUGAAUGACGCCGAAGACGACCCCUUCAUGAUGGAUCCGUUUGCUGCCCACAGGCAGCAGAUGAGGACGAUGUUUGGACCAUUCGCCAUGGAUCCGUUCGCUCUCACUCCCCAGAUUCAGCCACACCGUGUGGCACGCAGACAGGCGGGUCCACUGGCUCCCUUUGGCAUGAUGGGAAUGGGAGGCGGGUUCAUGGAUAUGUUUGGCAUGAUGGGAGAAAUGAUGGGAAACAUGGAAAGAAUGUCCGGAUCGCCAAACUGUCAAACAUUUUCCUCCUCAACAGUGAUCUCGUAUUCGUCCACAGACCCUGGAGCUCCCAAAGUUUAUCAACAGACGAGUCAAACAAGAACAGGCCCCGGAGGGAUCCGUGAGACACGGCAGUCGAUGAGGGACAGCGAGAGCGGCCUGGAGCGCCUCGCCAUCGGCCACCACAUCGGGGAGCGAGCGCACAUAAUGGAGCGCUCGCGAAACAGGCGCACUGGAGAUCGAGAGGAAAGGCAAGACUACAUCAACCUUGAUGAGAGUGAGGCAGCAGCGUUUGAUCAGGAGUGGAGGAGGGAGGCAGGACGAUACGCCCCCCCACAUGCCCGUGCGCUGGAGUACGGUCAGGACCCGCGCGGAGGAGGGCAGCAGCUGGCCCUUCCUGCCCCUUCCAGCUCUCCACCCCCCCAUCGACAUGAGUCUCCUCGGCAUCGUCAGCAUCACACCCGUCCGCGUUACGACUGGUGAGAAGGUGUCCCACUUUUCAAGGAAGCAGAUGGAAGGAACUGAGGGAGCGCUUCCCCCGAUGCUGUGAAACACGCCGAAGACGGAGCUGCCCGUCAUUAAUGUUUGAUAUGACUGGACUGUCUAAACAUGUGCAACAUAUUAUACACACACACACACGAUCAACAAAAUAUAACACACUUGAUGGCUACAUUUUCAGAUCAACUUCUGUACUGUUACAUAGAGCUAUACAGAUGCCCCUGUGCAAACAUGGGUGAAAAUCCACUCACUUUAUAUAUAAAUAUAUACUCAUUCUCAAAACUUGACAUGUCUUUUACCCGCUGCAGUUCGCUGCUGCAGUAUCCAGUAAUUCUGCUGUACAGUCCAUUUUAUGUUUGUGAGGGCACUAGUGUGUCUGUGAACUGAAUUGUAUACUGUUACCUAAUUAAUCUAACUAAAUAAAAGUUCAUUAAACAUUGUUAGAUAAUUAAUAAAUGUCUCUUGUGAUGUUU